AUGGAAUCUUUGAAACAUAAAAUUUCAGAGGUGGUUCAUCACUUCAUCGAAGAAAGUACAUCGGAAGAGCAAGGAACAAGAUUUAAUCAUCAUCAUCAACAAGAACAUCCUCAUCAACACCAAGAAACAACAGCUCAUCAUGAACAUACAUCAUCCUGCUCUCAGGUCGUUCAUCAUCCAUGCGAUCAAUCUACGAGAUUUAAUGAGAAUAAUCAUCAUCAUCAGGAUCAUGCUUCAUCGGAAGAGGAAUAUCCACAUCAUGAACAUCAUACAAGCCAAUCAACAAGAAUGGAUCAUCAUGAAGCUCCUCAUCAUCCUCCUCACCAUGAAAAGUAA